UCCCCACUUUUCUGAGUCAUCUUCACACAAAACCUUUAUUCUACUAAUAAUAAUAUAUACCUCUCUCCCUCUCUCUCUCUCUCUCUCUCUCUCUCUCAUGGAGAACUACCCUGCAAUAUUCUUCCCAUGUUCAUCAUCAUCGACAACGUCAGCUUCUCAUUUGGCGAAUUCCCAUGCCUAUGCUGAUUUCCAAAGUGAAAAAACAAAUGGGUAUGGGGGUUUGAUGACAAAAAACAUGGGAGUUCCAAGUAAUUUAGAAGUAAAUAACAAUAAUAGUCGUUUAGCUCCACUGGGAAAAAGCUUCGUUGGAAGUGAGAAUCACGAGGUGAAAUCAGGCAAGAAGAAAGGAGAGAAGAAGAUCAGGAAGCCUAGAUAUGCUUUCCAAACAAGGAGCCAAGUUGAUAUACUUGAUGAUGGGUAUAGAUGGAGAAAGUAUGGGCAGAAAGCUGUGAAGAAUAAUAAGUUUCCAAGGAGCUACUACAGAUGCACGCAUCAGGGGUGCAAUGUGAAGAAGCAAGUUCAGCGACUAUCUAAGGAUGAAGGAGUAGUGGUCACAACAUAUGAAGGGAUGCAUUCCCAUCCAAUUGAAAAGUCUACUGACAACUUUGAGCACAUCUUGAGUCAGAUGCAGAUUUACACUGGCUUUUAAUUCAACCAUGCGCGCGCGCGCACACAUAUAUAUAUAUAUAUGCCACUAGAUUGAUCUCUGAUCGAUAUUAAUUUGUGACACAGAAAUCAAUACUGUGUGUGAAAUUAUUAUUAGCAUGUAAGCAUUCCGCCUCAGAUCAUUACGUCUUCAAAUAAAAUAAAUAAAAAAACACUGUCGGCUUCAUUUAA